UCCUCUUCCUCUUAUUUCUCACCGCAUCUCCUUCACCACCUGCCACAGCAGCAGCGACGCAGCGAUGGAGAACCGCCGCCAAUGAUCACGAGCCCAGGCAAGACUUCAAUUGAGAGAGAGAGAGAGAGAGAGAGGGACAGUGAGAAUAAACACAGAGAGAGAGAGAGAGAGAGGGACAGUGAGAAUAAACAGAGAGAGAGAGAGAGAGAGAGAGAGAGAGACAACGGAGAGACGUGCGGGGACAGAAACAUAUGGUCCGUGUGAAGAGCUGCUGCUGUUUGUGAGGACUGCCAACCCGAGCUGAAACUUAUUCAACCACCGUGAUCAACUAAAAGGCACAUUUGUUCCGUGCAUUUUGACCCUUCUUUGCAUUAUUUGUGCGCGUGCGUGUGUCUGUGUGUGUGUGUGUGUGUGUGUGUGUGUGUGUGUGUGCGCGUGUGUGUGUGUGAGACUGCGCUUAUUCACCUCUGUUUCAUUAGUUUGCACAGGGUGGAUUGCGGUUGUCGCACCUCCCUGAACGCGCAUCAUCACAAGACGCGCUGCAGCCCACAUUAAAAAAAAAAAAAAAAACACAAAAAAAAAAAAAAAAAAGCAAGCUUCACGCGAGGAGGAAAUUGAAUCAGACAAAUUAUCCCCACAGAAGAGGAGAACAAGAGUGGCUGACUCUCUGCUUCCAUCCGUGUUUCCUCCGGGCCCGACAGGAGUCUCAUAGAGCCCCCAUCUCUCUUCUCCCUCCCCUCCCCCUCCCCUCUCCUCCACCCCUUCCCCCGGUAACAAGCCAUGUCUGGACACACUGUGACCAUACCGGACGACCGGGCGUUUGCCAGCUUCAAGGCGGAAUGUCUGUGCGAGGAAGGCUGGAGCAUGAACCACAACAAGGGGGGCAUCACUGUGUGGACCCAGAGUCUGGAGGAGGGGAAGUCCAUCCACAAAAUUAAGUGUCGGAUGGUGUGUAAGGACGUGUCAGCUGAGAUCAUGUAUGACGUUCUCCAUGACAUUGAAUACAGAAGGAAAUGGGACACAAACGUCAUUGAGACCUUCGACAUCGGGAAACUAACAGUCAACGCGGAUGUUGGUUACUACUCCUGGAAGUGUCCAAGUCCUCUUCGGAACCGCGAUGUCAUCACGCUUCGCUCCUGGCUGCCGAUGGGGAAGGAUUACAUCAUCAUGAACUAUUCUGUCAAACAUGCCAAAUACCCUCCUAAAAAGGACAAGGUGCGAGCUGUGUCCCUUCAGACUGGCUACCUGAUCCAGAGCCAGGGACCAACCAACCACUGUACUCUCACUUACAUGGCCCAGGUAGAUCCACGAGGUUCGUUACCCAAGUGGGUUGUCAACAAGUCUUCCCACUUCCUUGCUCCCCGUGCGAUGAAGAAGAUCAACAAAGCCUGUUUGAAGUAUUCAGAGUGGAAGCAGAGACACAACCCUGGCUUCAAGCCCUGGCUCUUCCCCGAACAGACUACAUUACCCAACAUCCCGCUCUCUGAGCUUAGCAUCCAGCACGCCGAGAGCCUGGAGAAUAUUGAUGAAAGCUCCCUGGCUGAGACCCAGGAGAGAGAAGACAGCGACUAACGCAUACUCACUUACACACAACAGUCAUGUAUUCAUACACGCACACACACACACACACACACACACACACACACACACACACACACACACAGUAAUGCAGGGUUACAUGCAUGCCUGAUACACAUCCACAAUUACAUGUGUGUAUGUAUAUAUAUAUAUAUAUAUAUAUAUAUAUAUAUAUAUAUAUAUGUAUAUAUAUGUAUAUAUAUGUAUGUAUAUAUAUAUAUGUAUAUAUAUGUGAUUUUAUAUGUAAGUAUGUUUGUAUGCAAAUGCUGUUGCAUAUGCAGGCAUACUUACAUGCACAUAUAUAUAACCAUUCAUGCACAUAUACAAACUCAUACUUGACCAACUCCAUCUUAUACUUACAUACAUAAUGUAUGACCUCAUACAUGCAACAUAGAUGCACUCACAGAUACACACCCACACACUCACAAAGGGGCUCUGAAACUACUUGCUAAUGUGAUUUUUUCAUGCACCUUCAAGGGAUAUCAAAGUUUUCUAAUCAGGACCUAUGCAGGUUAUCAUAGCAAAAUAUAUUUUCAGUAAGAUUUACUGUUCAAAUGUGUACAGACUAACCUGAAAGUGGACAACUAGCUCUCAUUCAAAAUAUGAACAGUGGAUUUCAGAGAUAUACUCUUUAAUCUGUUAUGUAUACGCUCUAUCUAGUAGGAAACCAUCUCAGUGCACCCCCCUAAUGGUCAUGUGUACAGCAAGUACACAUAUGGAGACACAUCAUUCAUUUAAACUACAUUAAUGCACUCAGACAUGUAUACACACCCUAAGUGUCUUUCUCCCCAUGUUGUCUCUCUGUCACUCAUUAUGUGUCUCCGUCACAUUUUGAAAGCACAUAUUAAAUAUGCAGGUGUGCAGAAGGCAGCUGGAACCCCCCCCGACCUGCAACCCUUUUCAUACACACACAAACACGCAUACAGAUUUCACACACAUACUGUCCGCUACUCUAAUUUAGAGAUGUAUGAAUGUAUGUAGAGUUUGAAAAUUAAAAAAAAAACAUAUUCCUACUAAGGUUUUCAA